CUGUGCACUCAUCCAAGUAUAAUAGUACCGAGAGACGACAGAGCUUGAAGCAGCAAAAUUAAGCCCAAGAGAUGACAACUCAAUAAGGCUCUUCAACGUCCAAAUAUAUUGAUCACAAAGCUUCAGUAAUGGAUAUCUUGGAUGAGUACUGGUUCUUCAGGAACAUACUGAUUACAAACCAAAAGCCUCCUGCCAAUGAUUCUCAUAAUUCUCAAGAGAAGAGCAAAGAAGAAGAAGAAGAAGAGGAUGUUAACCUGGAUCAAGUUAAGGAGGAGACUCCUGCACUAAAUAGAAUGCCCACACUUCCACCUCGAUUUCAAAGACUCAACAGUACUGCACAAGUUGAACAAGUACCGUCUUUGAACACCUGCAACCCCAAGUUCCGGCACUCAUUGAGCUCAUUGGAUAAUUAUCAUUCAAUAUCUUUUUCGUCUAAGAACGCCAGAGAUCGAUCACCAAGGUACAUAAAGCUCGAAAGGUCAGAGAGAUAUUUAGCCAUCCAGCAUUACAUUGCAAAAGAAGCUUACUAUAGAAACAUAUUCAAGGAGAAGAAAUGGAAAAGCCAAAAUGAUCUAGAGUACAUGGAGGUACAAGGCUUCAAGGAUUUGGGGUUUGUUUGUGACAAGGAAGAGCUUAAUACGAAAUUUGUCAAGGUUAUUCCCGGUCUACGCAACAAGAAAUCUGGCAAACGCGAGGAAAAAAAGAGGCCAUAUUUAUCAGAAGCAUGGAUAAUGCAGAAGUCAGCUCCUCCUAUGUUCAGAGGUGUUGAUAAGAGAUCGACCGAGGAUAUGAAGGAGCAGCUCAAGUUCUGGGCUAUCGCAGUUGCUUCCAAUGCUCGUCAGGAGUUUUGAUUCUCUAACAAAUUACGUUGAUGUUCUGAAUCUCACAUGUAAAUUUUUUUUCCACCCAACUUGUAAAUUUAUUAAUUGAUUACUGCCUAAUCCUGCCAAUAACAUGGCGCAAGAAUUAGUUAGUCCCAAUAAUAUAAGUAAAUAAAAGUACCCGUUUGCUCUAAUGAAGUUAUGAAAG